AAUAAUAAUGACAACAACAAGGGCAACAAAAACGGGGAGAAAAUGGCCUCCAGGAGCAGUGGACUCGUAGUGCAGGCACUGAGCCCCAGAGAUAACCCUUGAGGCUAAUAAUAAUAAUAAUAAUUCAGUUGUAGUGCUCUGACCACUUGUGGCAGGAACAGAACUCUGUUACUGAGGCCAACACUCCUUCUACCCUCACAAGACUCCCUUUAUGAUCUUUCCAAGGGACUUCAAUGGGUGUGAUGGAAAAAAAAAGUGAGUCAGGAGAGAUAAGAACCAAUUCUCACCUUUCCUGGCUGAAUUCCUAAGACCUCAGCUGUCCAAGGCCAGUGGCCUUGUAGCAAAGUCAGUUCAUCUGGAGGCAGCUUUUUUUUCUCUCUCUCUUUUACUAAUUAUAAGAGAAGGUCUCGUAUAAGGAAGAGAAGAUGGGGGAGAAAGAGAAUCCAGGGUACCACUCUGGUACCGGUGGUGCCAGGGGAUUAAACUAGGAGUCUGAGGCAUCUGAACCUGAUGCUCUGCAAGUCGAAUCAUUUACCCAGCUUCGGGGAGCAUUUCUGACUUUGGGAAGGCAAAAGAUUCACUUGGCCGCUCUUUGGAAACCCCCAGAGGUACUUUUCCUGUGGCAAGGUUGUGCACCCUCUCAGCCUAGCAGUGUUUGCAGCUGAGAACUCAACAACUACCCCCAUUACAGCGGCCCCAGCCAUGUACUCUGUCUCUGACCCGCCAAGGAACUUCCCCUUGUGGGGUAUCAGAGUCGAGGGACAAGCUCCUUAUUCAGGAUGAGCAAUGGUUCCCCUUUGGGGUGCUCCCCUCUCCACCAGCAGCCCUAGAUUCCUAGGUUAUGUGGGGUCAGAUCUUAGUUUUCUACUCUAGGGAACUGGGUUUAUUUCCUCAACUGAUUCCACAGAAACAGAACUGUACUUAGGGCCCAGUAUUGACCCCCACGUUUAAAGAAGACAGCUAUCUUAAAAGCUAUCCUCUGGGGGUCGGGCGGUAGUGCAGCGCAAUUCGCAAGGACCGGUUCAAGCCCCAGCUCCCCACCUGCAGGGGAGUCACUUCACAGGUGGUAAAGCAGGUCUGCAGGUGUCUGUCUUUCUCUUCCCCUCCUCUCUGUCCUAUCCAACAACGAAGGAUAUCAACAAUAAUAACCACAACAAGGCUCCAACAACAAGGGCAACAAAAGGGGGGGAAAUAGCCUCCAGGAGCAGUGAAUUCAUGGUGCAGGCACUGAGCCCCAGCAAUAACCCUGGAGGCAAAAAAAAAAAAAAAAAAAAAAGCUAUCUUCUUUCCCUUCUAGCCAGUAUGCUCAAAACCUUUGGUUAUAUCAGGCUCUGUGAUCUAUACCAAAUUUCAUUUCUAGGGAUAUAACUAUAACUCCACAGUAGGACAAACAAACAACACAUUUUUCUUCUGAUCCCUCUAGCAUGGGCCACAAAGCUGAAUUUGACUUCUCAGACCAGAAUUCCAGCCUUUACAACUUGGCCAUGUCUUUCCAGAAGGGGUUCAGGAAGACUGGUUAUGCAAGUGAUACUUCCUGUUUACCCGCUUUUAAUAAUUAAUGGCCAAGGAUGACAGUUCAUGACCACAAAAGUGUCCAAAUGUCAUUGAUUUGAAAUGUUUUACUGUUAUGGUAGCUUGCCAAACAGUUCUAACAGUCCAGUUUGCACAUAAAGGAUAAAACCAGGAAACUCAUCAGUUGCAGAGUCCAGUCUUUUUUCUAGAAAAAGAUGAUGGUUUGGGGCCGGGUGGUGGCACACCUUGUCAAGUGCACAUGUUACGAUGCAGAAGGACCCAGGUUCAAAGCCCCAGACCCCAUCCUCAGGGGGGAAACUUUACAAGUGGUGAGGCAGGACUGCAGGUGUCUCUCUAUCUCUCUUCUUCUCUAUCUCCCACUUUCUGGAUUUUUGACUGUCUCUAUCCAAUAAACAAAGAUAAUUAAAACGAGGAGAGAGAAAGGUGAUGGUUUUGAAAGUGGAAUGGCAGGAGUCUGAAGUUCGGAUUGAAGACUGGUGCUGGUGAGAAAGAGCAGUGUUGUUCAAUGUGGUGUGCUUCACCAUCCCAGGGGGAUGAUCACUCUGCCAGCUUCUCACCUCAGCUGAAUGAGCACCUUGUGCACUUUAAUCUCCUGUUGGUGCCACUUGACUGGCUGAAGACAAGGACAGAAAACUCAGUGAUACAGAUAUCCAGCCAAAGUCUCCAUCUUGCCUUAACAAUGUUCCAGAAACUGAGCAAAAUGUUCAUGGGUGAAGUCAAUACUUCCUCCAACCAAGAACCAGAAUUUAGUGAGAAAGAAGAUGAUGAAUGGAUUCUCGUUGACUUCAUAGAUACUUGCACCGGCUUCUCCACAGAAGAAGAUGAGGAGGAAGAAAUGGGUGAAGCGUCUUCUUCUGAGCACUCUGCAGUCUUUUCUUGUUUACCUGCAUCUCUGGAGUGCUUGGCUGAUCCAAGUGAUUCCUGCUUUCUUCAGUUUGAGUCCUGUCCAAUGGAGGAGAGCUGGUUUAUCACGCCUCCGCCGUGUUUCACUGCAGGUGGCUUAAGCACUCUCAAGGUGGAAACCAGUCCUAUGGAAAACCUUCUCAUCGAACACCCCAGUAUGUCUGUCUAUGCUGUGCAUAAUUCUUGCCCCGGUCUCAGUGAGGUCAACUGUGGGACUGAUGAAUUUCAUAACCCAAUUAGUCCCAGAGUGGAAGCUCCAAAUGAAAAAGGACAGCACAUUCACUGCUAUGUUGCAGCUCUUGCUGCUCAUACAACUUUUAUGGAACAACCCAAGAGCUUUCGCCCUUCCCAGUGGAUAAAAGAGCAUAAUGAAAGACAGUCUCUGAACCGAAAUAGCCUUCGUCGCCAAAAUCUUACCCGAGAUUGCCACUCUCGGCAAAUCAAACAUAAUGGCUGGGCCGUCCACCAGCCCUGCCCACGUCAAUACAAUUACUGAGAGCUGCAAGACUGGCUGAUUGGUUUUUCGUGGUUUGUGCAUGUGUGUGAAUGUGUGUCUGAGAACAAUGAAGACAUUGUUUCCUUACAGCCAACUGAUGACCAAUCACAUAGUUUUAUUAUUUGUGUGUUUAGACACUAUUGUGAAAACCAGACUUACAUGCUGUGCAUCACAUAAUGCCUUGUCCUUAACAGCAACUUUUUGGGUAGACUUUCUUCAGAAUAUUUUUUGAAACAUAUCAGUACAGUUGCAGUGUUGGGGGAUGUCUUUCCAUCUGUGAAGGUGUAAUGAAUGAGUCAGCAAUUUAAAGACAUUUCUUCCCAAGUACAAGAAUAGGUAUCUUUCAGUUUCAGUUUGUAUUACAAAAUCAAGCUUUUGAGUAAUCAAAAAUUUAUUCUCAGGGUCAGCCAUCAUUUUAUUGACCAGUACUUGAUAAUCUUUUCUGUAUAUUAUGAAAACAUUUUACACACUAACUUAAGCAUUAACAGAUGGUAGUUGCCAUGUAAUGGAAUUAUGGCUGAACUUUGUUUUGAACGAAAACUUGAUAUAUUUUGCGUGUAUGUUCCCUCCCAGAUUAGCCACACAGUUCAUUUUGCAUUUCAGGUACAUUAAGUUUUAUUGAACAGUUAGGUUCAUUUAGUUACUCUGAUGUGACUGUGUGACAUGGUACACUUAGUACAGGUAUUGUGGGACAAAAACACUGGUCUCGCAUGCAGAGGGGUAAAAUUUGACCUGUGAAAUUAUAUUUGGAAGAAUGUUUUUCUGUAACUAAUCCAUUAGUCCACUAUUAAGUCCUUUGGCUUCUUUCCUGCCAGCUCUGUCCAUUGGUCGCCGAAUGUCAGCUACAAAUUCAAAAGCAUUUGUCCAAGCUCUUGAGUUAUUCCAUAUUUUUAUCUACUCAAAGGGAGAGAGAGAGGCUGUGUGUUUCUGAUACCAUGACAAAUCCUCUGCUAUGGAGUCUCCCCUGCCCAGUAGCAAUCCAUAGUGGUGGGAAGUUCCCAGUGACAUCUUUAUAGCAGAAGAGUGACCAGUUUUUUCAUUAUGUUUUCAGCUGUUUGAAGUUGGACUUGAAGCAGAAUCUAUAACCACUUUGGCCUCUGUUUCCUCCACAAAUAGGAGAUAGUAAUAUUACCUCCUGUUGUAAGGGCUAGAAAUAUGAUUUGAAGGAGAGGAACUAUCCAGAACUGGACCUUCUAUGAAAUUCCAGGGGCCUGUCUACUAAAUCCAGUCAUGAGGUGGGGCCUCUGGAAAAUUUCCUGCCAUAACGGUUCGUCAGGAAUGUUGGUGCUAAUGAGGUUGAAGUUCAGGAUUCAAUGCACACAGAGGCCAAUGAACUUGAUGCAUAGAAAAUGUAUUUUCAGACCUCUAGCCAGUCACUUUAUUUUUAACGGUGGUGAUGGGCCUUCCUGAGCCAUUCACACUCUCAACCAUUUCCCUUGAAACUAUGUUAUUUGUAUCUGCAAUCCAAAGCACAUUCUUCUGAUCAAUAGUAGUCUCGCUGUCAUCAAAAUGUCUUAUUUUCCCAUCUCCUCUUCAACUCAAAUUGAGUAAAUACACAUCUACAAAGUAUUUUCAAGUUAUAUAAAGUGUUAGUCUUAUUUUUUUUUCUCUGUAACCCUGCAUGGCUUGGUGUAGAGGACCCACAGGAGCUUGCUUUUUUUUUUUUUUUUUUUUUUAAAGUGAAGAGUUAUGUUCUUUUCUUACUACACAGGGGCCUCUCAUCAGAAGAGGUGAAGUAGCAUCCUCAGAUGGUAUCAUUAGGCGGUUUUUCCAGUGGUGGUAAAGUGCUAGGAAUAUCUCUAGAGCAAGAGUCUAGAUCCCCCCCCCCACACACACACACACACUCUUUCCUUAUGUCCCUUCAUUCUGACUUCCCCUUUAUUUAUUUGUUUUCUAAGUAGGGGUCAAGUCUCAUCUAAAGGAUAGACAUUAUUUUACUAUUUGUGUUUACCAGAGUUGGGAGUUAAGGUAUAGCUUUCAUGAAGGUGUGUACGUUCUACACCAUGUCUGUUACAGGGCCAUAUGUUGGUAACUUGAAAAUAGCCCAGCUAAAUGUUUUCUGGAUGUAAGCCUCUGAAUACAUGGGAUUUCUCUUUUCUUCGUAUCACAUGCACAUUGUCAGUACCUCACAAGCUUCAGAAGUUCAGCCAUUAGGAUUUGUUUAGAAGCAUGAACAAAAGAUUUGUAUAUAAAACUGCAACGGCCUUUUAUUGUUUUGUUUUUGUUUAUUUGUUUCAGAUCUGAUAUUUCUUUAAAUACAUGUACAUCUAUAUCAGUUAUUGACUACUUUCUUAGCUGGGCCUAGUUUUUUCACGUUUUGUACCUAGAAAACAAUUUUAGUCUUUUGAGGUUUUUUUUUUUUUUUUUUUUUUUUUUCCUCUUCAGGGUAAGGGUUAACGCACCUGAUCCAUAAUAUCUUAAUGUGGCUUUUGUAUCAGCCUCUUAUAUUUCUAUCUAAAAUUGGCACCUGGAAAAUUGAAUGAAGUGGUUACAUUAAUUCAUCGGAAGUUCUUGGUCAUAGACAUUUGUCAGACAUCUCCUGAGUACAAGACCAAUAAUAACACAGAAUGAAGUUGAUCUAUGAAGUAUUCUUUGAAACCUGGUCAGACUAUUUACUAUGGGUUAUCUUUGCUCUUGUAAAUAUUAGUGGUUUACAAUGUGCUUUAGCGCAUAUCCUUUAAAACUUCAAGCAGUGAGAAAUAAGGCCCCUCUGAGUUUACUGCGUAGACUAUUUCUAAAGUGGAAAUAGAGAAUAUCACUAAGAAAAAGUCUGGAAGAUGUGGCGCACACAAGCAGUGCUUCGUGAGUGAGUUUCUUGGUUUUUUAUUUUUUAUUUAUUUUCCCUUUUGUUUCUCUUGUUUUUCAUUGUUGUAGUAGUUAUUAUUGUUGUCAUCGUUGUUGGGUAGGACAGAGAUAUGGAGAGAGGAAGGGAAGACAGAAAGGGGGAGAGAAAGACACCUGCAGACCUUCACUGCCUGUGAAGCGACUCCCCGGGGGCUCGAACUCCGGUCCUUGCGCUUUGCGCGCCACCUGCGCUUUACACCACCUGCGCUUAACCCGCUGCGCUGCCGCCCGACUCCCGUUUUGGCUUUUUUUUUUUUUUUUUGGUUUUUUUUUUUUUUUUUUAAAUAACACACCAUGUUUCUCAGUAUUUGUGGUUUGUUAAUAAAACAUUUUAUAAUAGAUGUUCCUUUUUUUUCAUAAACUAAUUGAGCUAUGUACUGCAUUGUUAAGUUGAAGAAUAGCCAUCUAUCAUUUAUCUCCUGUGGCAAUACAUUUGUAUGACUAGCUGAGUAAGGAAAUUUUUGCAGAAGAUGCAAAAUGAUUGGAUUAUUGGCUUUCUAUUCUAGGAAGCUUUUUUUUAAAAAAAAACUUCUGUACAUUUUCCAAUUCCCAAACUGUUCCUGUUUGCAUACUUUCUCUUGUAUCAGUACUUUGAUUAUGAAAAGACAGUUUAUUUAAAACUGGAGGGCUAUAUAUCAUUGCUUAUUGUUUUUCCUUCUCAACUCUGUGAUACACUGUUUUGAGUGUCUUUGCCAUUUCUUCCUCAAGGAAAUAUAUUGUCUUUAUCCACUUUUAAGGGGGGAAAAAAGUAUCUUCUUUAGCUCCUUUUCCUUUGGAUUAGAGACAAAAUAUAACAUAAAGGGACUCCAGUAAGAUAGAAAUUUAGAUUUUACCAAUAGAGAAUGUUUGGAUUUCCAGGUAUUCCUUUUUCCCUUUUUUCCAAGAAUCCAGUAAGAGACUGCUCCUUGCACUGGGAGAUUCUAGUAUAUAUAAUAUUACCUUAGAAUUAUUUUAUUUUUAUUUUAUAAGGUUCAUACAUACCCAUUAAUCUUUUUUUAAAAAAAGUUGGGCUGUUGUUAUAGAUGGCUUUCUUGUCAUCAGCCAUGUAGACGUAUUAUAAAUGAUAUCCAUAUCAACAACUUGUUUUAAUGCUUAAAAAUGUUAUAUAAAAUGCUCUAUUUAGAAAAUGUUCAUAAUACAAUGUUGUCAGUCUUGACAUGUACCAGUUUCCUCUUGAAAUUUGGCACCAACUGUGGUGGCCUGUGGAGAAAGAUGUACUGGAAAGCGUAUAGAUAAGGAUAUUUUUUUCCAUUUGCAACAGUAUCUAUUAUGUGGAAAGAGAAAGUACUAAUCAGAGAAAAGUAGCUUAAGCGCAUAAUAUUGUGUAUGUCAAUAUAUAUAUAUUUUUUCAGUUGUGUGAUUGUUAAAUACUCGGUUCUGUAUUUUUUGCCUGAAGUAUUAGCAUUUGUUUUCUAAUGGAAUUCUUCAGCCCAAACCAGUACUUGGGGGAGGUUUGAUGUGCUUUCAGGCUUGGUGUGUAUGAGUGUUUUGCUUGCUUUUUUGGUUUGUGUUUUCUUCCAGAAGUUUUAAACUUUGAUCAAUGAUUGUGUGUGUUAUUUAAAAAAAAAAAAAAAAAGUGGCUUUUUAUUAAGUAAAAUUGUGAAAACAUUCGUUGUUCAAAAGCAGGGCAUCAGUUAUAGAAACUGAAGAGUAUUGUAGAUUGUCCUAUGUGCCUUCUUGAUAUGUUUCUGGACACAAUUUUUUUUUUUUCUUCAGCAACUUGAAAACUCAAAAGGGACAUUUGAUGAGACUAAUACUGUAUAUCCAUCUAUGCAUAAAUGGCAGCUUGUUUUCUUGAGCCACUGUUUAAAUUCUUUUUCUGUUUUUACAGAACUUUUUUAUACAGAUUGGUUCAUAGAUGGUUCAUUUUAUACAGAGAAUCAAUAAUACAGCACUCUGCCAAAAAUAAGUGUAGCAUUGCUUAAACAUUGUGUAUGAAUACCAGUUCUUUGUAUUUGGGUACAGGGGUGCAUUUUGCAUUCUCUGGAGUUACAGUUUUUAAUCUGUCAGUAAAAUAAAAUGUCCUUUAACCUCA